AUGAGCCUUAGGCGACAUAUAGUGAACGAUUACCGGCGUAGCGUUGCGAUCGACACGUCGCCGCGCUCGCAGACGCCGCCUGCAUCGGCCUUCCGAUCGCCUCGCGCAAACCUCACGGUUCCCAAAUCGCCUCGGGCCGCGCCCGCCAGCCCGACCCUGACCCAGUCGGGGCUGAUGCCGCCCGCGGUCGGCACCAUCGCAGGUCUCAAGUCGCCGCGGCCACUCAGCAGCCGCGACGAGGAGAUGCUCGAGCUGCUGGAGCAGCUCGACUCGGAGCUGCUGACCUCAUUCAACAGCAAAGAGAAGCGAGCUACGGGCGAUCACUACUCUGGUGACGCCGCGGGCCACCGACAAGAAGACGAAACAGAAGUUUUGAUUCAGAUUUUGGAGGAUCUGCGACUUUUGGUGCAGGGCCAAGUUGACGCCACGAUCAACAAUCGGGCUGUUGCGUUCUCGAGCAGCGCCUCUACGCUUCGCUCUCUAUCGAGCGCCUUUUCCGAUACCAUGACAUUGGAGAUAGCGACGGUCAAGCCCGAUGGUCCGGGCGAAUCGCUGAUGCGCUCGCCUCCCGUCGCCGAACGCAUGCACGACAUGCUCGUUUCCCAUCACCGCCUCUUCGUCCAGACCGUCCUCGCCGGGCUUGGUCCAGAGCCUCAGCUCACUGAGUUGAUGUCACCGUUCCCAUCGCGGAUAGACUUGGUGUCGUUCCCGCUCGAGCGAUUGUGGCGUUCGCCGCCGGUGCUGUCCAUGCAGGAGGGAGACUCCUUCCACUCUCUCGUCUCCUCCGCGCAGCAGGCGCUCGACCGACUGCUCGCUCGGGGCCAGCAGCAGCCCAACCCCGAGGGCCUCGUCAUCGUCAAGCUCGACGACCUCUUCCUCUUCAAGUCCGACAGCCGCCAGGUCGUCAGCGACCUCAAGUGCCUUCACGCGCUUCUCCUGCGGCUGUCGGCCGCCGAGACGGACGCCACGACCAAGCGGGCCAGGGCGACGCAGGCCGCGACGCUGGACUUUGCCGUCAUCGUCUUCAUCCGCUGCGCGGUGGACCUGAUCGCCGCCACCUGCGCCGCGCCGAGCGGUGGUGGCGGUGGCGCGCGACAGAGAGCGAGCGCGGAGCGAUGGACCGCAGCGACGAUGACGCUGCGCAAGACGCUGCGCACCCUGGCUCUUCUUCAUGCCAUGCUCGGCAGCAGCUAA